AUGGAGGCCUUAUCCUCAAAGCAGAUCAAGUUCCUGGUGGAUCUCCUGUCUCAAGCAGCAGAGUGGGAGGAGCAGACAGGAGAGAAGACACUGAAGCUGGUAUCAUCAGUGUGUUCUUACAGCACCUUUCCUUUUCUCAGUGGAGACAAUUAUAAACAGAGUGAUUUCCUGCUGGAUCUGUACUCACAUGUGAAGGACUAUGAGACUCAAACAGGCAGGAUGGUCCUUCCAGCAUUACAGACAGUUUACCAGUCAGCUCCUGCAGUCUGGUCCAUUGACCUCAGAAAGAGAAAGGCCUCCCUCCUCCUAGAAGUGCUGAAACUCCAACCAGAGAAGAAACCAGUAGAGCUGAAGGGCUGGUCAGAUGAAGAGAGUGAAGUGAGGAGUUUCCUUCAGUGUCUGCCCUACAUCUCACAGCUGAGUUUCUGUCCACGGAGGUCUGAUCCCUCAAAGCAGAUCAAGUUCCUGGUGGAUCUCCUGUCUCAAGCAGCAGAGUGGGAGGAGCAGACAGGAGAGAAGACACUGAAGCUGGUAUCAUCAGUGUGUUCUUACAGCACCUUUCCUUUUCUCAGUGGAGACAAUUAUAAACAGAGUGAUUUCCUGUUGGAUCUGUACUCACAUGUGAAGGACUAUGAGACUCAAACAGGCAGGAGUGUCCUUCCAGCAAUACAGCCAGUUUACCAGUCAGCUCCUGCAGUCUGGUCCAUAGACCUCUCAGAGAGAAAGGCCUCCCUCGUCCUAGAAGUGCUGAAACUCCAACCAGAGAAGAAACCAGUAGAGCUGAAGGGCUGUUCAGAUGAAGAGAGUGAAGUGAGGAGUUUCCUUCAGUGUCUGCCCUACAUCUCACAGCUGAGUUUCUGUCCACGGAGGUCUGAUCCCUCAAAGCAGAUCAAGUUCCUGGUGGAUCUCCUGUCUCAAGCAGCAGAGUGGGAGGAGCAGACAGGAGAUAAGACACUGAAGCUGGUAUCAUCAGUGUGGACUUACAGCACCUUUCCUUAUUGCCAUGGAGACAAUUAUAAACAGAGUGAUUUCCUGUUGGAUCUGUACUCACAUGUGAAGGACUAUGAGACUCAAACAGGCAAGAGUGUCCUUCCAGCAUUACAGACAGUUUACCAGUUAGCCAGUCCUGCAGUCUGGUCCAUAGACCUCUCAGAGAGAAAGGCCUCCCUCCUCCUAGAAGUGCUGAAACUCCAACCAGAGAAGAAACCAGUAGAGCUGAAGGGCUGGUCAGAUGAAGAGAGUGAAGUGAGGAUUUUCCUUCAGUGUCUGUCCUACAUCUCACAGCUGAGAUUUCCUCUACUGAAGGAUAAUAUAGAGACAAGAAAGAGAGAGAAGACAUUCCUACUGAAUCUGUGUCUUCAAGCAGCUCUCCAUGAGAGAGGAACCAUACAAACAACUGUAGAGAAAGUGUUGUUGCUGUCUAAAGUAUAUCGCUUUCAGAAAUGUGAUUUCCUGCUGGAUCUGUACUCACAUGUGAAGGACUAUGAGACUCAAACAGGCAGGAGUGUCCUUCCAGCAUUACAGACAGUUUACUUGUCAUCUCCUGCAGUCUGGUUCAUUGACCUCAGAAAGAGAAAGGCCUCCCUCCUCCUAGAAGUGCUGAAACUCCAACCAGAGAAGAAACCAGUAGAGCUGAAAGGCUGGUCAGAUGAAGAGAGUGAAGUGAGGAGUUUCCUUCAGUGUCUGCCCUACAUCUCACAGCUGAGUUUUACUCCUCCACAUGAUCAGAGAAGAUCCCCAGAAGAAAGGACAAAGAGAGAGAAGACAUUCCUACUGUAUCUGUGUCUUCAAGCAGCUCUCCAUGAGAGAGGAUCCAUACAAACAACUGUAGAGAAAGUGUUGUCACUGUCUGAAGUUUAUCACUAUCAGCCAUGUGAUUUCCUGCUGGAUCUGUACUCACAUGUGAAGGACUAUGAGACUCAAACAGGCAGGAGUUUCCUUCCAGCAUUACAGCCAGUUUACCAGUCAGCCAGUCCUGCUAUCUGGUCCAUAGACCUCUCAGAGAGAAAGGCCUCCCUCCUCCUAGAAGUGCUGAAACUCCAACCAGAGGAGAAACCAGUAGAGCUGAAGGGCUGGUCAGAUGAAGAGAGUGAAGUGAGGAGUUUCCUUCAGUGUCUGCCCUACAUCUCACAGCUGAGUUUUACUCCUCCACAUGAUCAGAGAAGAUCCCCAGAAGAAAGGACAAAGAGAGAGAAGACAUUCCUACUGAAUCUGUAUCUUCAAGCAGCUCUCCAUGAGAGAGGAUCCAUACAAACACCUGUAGAGAAAGUGUUGUUGCUGUCUAAAGUAUAUCACUAUCAGAAAUGUGAUUUCCUGCUGGAUCUGUUCUCACAUGCGAAGGACUAUGAGACUCAAACAGGCAGGAUGGUCCUUCCAGCAUUACAGACAGUUUACCAGUCAGCUCCUGCAGUCUGGUCCAUAGACCUCUCAGAGAGAAAGGCCUCCCUCCUCCUAGAAGUGCUGAAACUCCAACCAGAGAAGAAACCAGUAGAGCUGAAUGGCUGGUCAGAUGAAGAGAGUGAAGUGAGGAGUUUCCUUCAGUGUCUGCCCUACAUCUCACAGCUGAGCUGUUACUGUCCUUGUUGCAGUUUCUGUCCACGGAGGUCUGAUCCCUCAAAGCAGAUCAAGUUCCUGGUGGAUCUCCUGUCUCAAGCAGCAGAGUGGGAGGAGCAGACAGGAGAGAAGACACUGAAGCUGGUAUCAUCAGUGUUGACUUACAGAACCUUUCCUUAUCGCUAUGGAUACAAUUCUAAACAGAGUGAUUUCCUGCUGGAUCUGUACUCACAUGUGAAGGGCUAUGAGACUCAAACAGGCAGGAGUGUCCUUCCAGCAUUACAGACAGUUUACCAGUCAGCUCCUGCAGUCUGGUCCAUAGACCUCUCAGAGAGAAAGGCCUCCCUCCUCCUAGAAGUGCUGAAACUCCAACCAGAGAAGAAACCAGUAGAGCUGAAGGGCUGUUCAGAUGAAGAGAGUGAAGUGAGGAGUUUCCUUCAGUGUCUGUCCUACAUCUCACAGCUGAGUUUCCAUCCAUGGAGGUCUGAUCCCUCAAAGCAGAUCAAGUUCCUGGUGGAUCUCCUGUCUCAAGCAGCAGAAUGGGAGGAGCAGACAGGAGAGAAGACACUGAAGCUGGUAUCAUCAGUGUGUUCUUACAGCACCUUUCCUUAUCGCCAUGGAGACAAUUCUAAACAGAGUGAUUUCCUGCUGGAUCUGUACUCACAUGUGAAGGACUAUGAGACUCAAACAGGCAGGAGUGUCCUUCCAGCAUUACAGACAGUUUACCAGUCAGCUCCUGCAGUCUGGUUCAUAGACCUCUCAGAGAGAAAGGCCUCCCUCCUCCUAGAAGUGCUGAAACUCCAACCAGAGAAGAAACCAGUAGAGCUGAAGGGCUGGUCAGAUGAAGAGAGUGAAGUGAGGAGUUUCCUUCAGUGUCUGCCCUACAUCUCACAGCUGAGUUUUACUCCUCCACAUGAUCAGAGAAGAUCCCCAGAAGAAAGGACAAAGAGAGAGAAGACAUUCCUACUGAAUCUGUGUCUUCAAGCAGCUCUCCAUGAGAGAGGAUCCAUACAAACAACUGUAGAGAAAGUGUUGUCGCUGUCUAAAGUAUAUCGCUUUCAGAAAUGUGAUUUCCUGUUGGAUCUGUACUCACAUGUGAAGGACUAUGAGACUCAAACAGGCAGGAGUGUCCUUCCAGCAUUACAGACAGUUUACCAGUCAGCUCCUGCAGUCUGGUUCAUAGACCUCUCAGAGAGAAAGGCCUCCCUCCUCCUAGAAGUGCUGAAACUCCAACCAGAGAAGAAACCAGUAGAGCUGAAGGGCUGUUCAGAUGAAGAGAGUGAAGUGAGGAGUUUCCUUCAGUGUCUGUCCUACAUCUCACAGCUGAGCUGUGGUGAUGACAGGUUCUUCCAGACUGUGUGUGAAUCCAUCCCUGUGAGGUCCAGAGAGGAGGACCAGCAGAUGGCCUCUCUCCUCCAGGCCUUGGGCUCCACCCUGUCACUGGGAGGAGAGUUACCCAGGAAAACCUGCAGGUCUGUGGGGAGAGUCCUGGGUCUCUGUGCCUCCAGAGUGGACCUCACUCUCACCCCCAGCAAGAUCUCUCUCCAAGGAGCCGCACUUCUUUUGAGACAUGAGUCAAAGCUCCACAAGCUCAGGCUCGGUGUGGGUAUGGCAGUGAAACUGUCCAGACUGGUUAGGAGGACAGGGAGAGGUGCUACUCCACUGACUGUCCGAGAACUCUCCCUGGUCCUAAAGAGCAGCCAGCCUCCAGAGAGAGUGUUAUCCAGGGCUCUGAGUAGUGUGGCGUCCCUGCUGAGACUCUGGAGAGUUCAGUGUCUGGACCUGACUGACUUCUGCAUCCAGGGUCACUCUCUCAUCACACUGCUGUGUCACCAGGGACCUCUCUCUCUCAGACUGAACUCAGACACUCUGCAGCAGCUGGCUGUAGUUGUGUAUGAAGCUCAGGACAAGGACUUGACUCAGUGGUUCCUGGAGAAGGUUGGUGGAGACCUGACCUCCUGCAGGCUGGACUGGGAAGUGCUUCUCUCUCUACUGCAGCAUUCAACCCACAACAUCACUGUGGACCUCAGGAAGAACCGGCUCCUAGAGAAGAACAGCUCAGAUCUUCUCCCCUUUCUGGGAAGGGUUACUCUCAAGAGGUCCAGUUCCAGCUUUGUAAAGUCCACCAUCAGACAGAUCUAUGACAGUAGAGACAGUGACUGUGUGUCCAGUUUGUUGAGGUCUUCAGACCAUUGGAUCAACCUGAACAGCAGAGAGCUGGACAGAGUGGACUGUACUGCUCUGUGUUUUACCCUGCAGCACAGCCACCAAGUCAAAGUCAACCUGCUGUGGACCUCCAUACCACCGGGGGAGAUAGAGAGCAUCCUGCCUCUUCUGGACAGAGUCUCCCAACUCAGUGUUGACAGGAGGUUACUGCUGAGUUUCCUCCAGUGCUGUGCUGCCUCUCAGAUCCAGCAGGGGGCACCAUCAUCACCACCAACAGCAGUAUGGCUGCUGAGGUCUCUGCACUACAGACUGGACUUCUCCUGCUCCUCCUCUGUGGACCUGUCAGUUCAGGACCAGGAGAAGGCUCUGUGUCUGACCACUGACCACUGCAAGGCCAUCAACUCUGUUCUGAAGCAGAACCAACAUGGCACCCCGCUGGUUCAGAACCAGGUCCAGCUCAUCCUAAGAGACUGUAAGGUGGAGGACAGAGCACUGAGGGAGCUGCUUCCCAUCCUGCAUAUUGUCAAGCUGAGUCCCAGCAAAAAUCUGUUACUUCAGCUGCUGGACCUUGUGUGUGAGGGGAUUGAAGAGGGGCUGCUGAGGCACGCAGAGUCCCUGUGCAGAGCCCUGGAUGGGGAGCUGGACCUCAGUGAGACCAGGCUGGACCAGAAGGCCUGUGGAUCUCUGGCCCUGGUUCUGGAACACUCAGAGGGUCUGUCAGAACUGGACCUCAGCCACUGUCAACUCACAGUCCACCAGCUACAGCCCCUGAUCACACACCUGCAUAAAGUACAAGUCCUGGACCUGAGCCACAAUGACAUCACUGAUGCUCUGACUGACAGAAUUCUCCAACUGGUCUCUACCAACACUUCAAUACACACCAUACGACUCUUCAACAACAGAAUCCAGGACAGAAGACCCUUCCUGACAGACAAGAGGUUUGAGAUCUGGUGAAACAACAUCAGGUCUUUGUCCAGGAAGAGAAGGCUGAAUCCAGGACAGAAGACCCUUCCUGACAGACAAGAGGUUUGACAUCUGGUGAAAAUAAUGUUCUAUAAUAACACUAUAAUGUGUUCAAUGUAGAAGGCUGGUUCAAAAUCACACUGAUUGAUCUGAAAAUGUUUCUUACUGUAUAUUCUGGUGGACACAGUGGUGUGAAGUACUUAAGUAAAAAUACUACUUAUGAUGGCUGUAUCACAACCGGACGUGAAUGGGAGUCCCGUAAGGUGGCGAACAAUUGGUACUAAAAAAAACAAAAGUACUACUUAUGCCGUUUUUUGGGGUAUCUGUACUUUACUAUUUAUAUUUCUGACUACUUAUACUUCACUACAUUCCUAAUGAAAAUAAUGUACAGUUUACUCCAUCCAUUUUCCCUGACACCCAAAAGUAUUUAGAAUACUUAGCAGGACAGGAAUAUGGUCCAAUUCACGCUCUUAUCAAGUGAACAUCCCUGGUCAUCUCUACUUCCUCUGAUCUGACGGACUCUCUAAACAAACUCCGUUUGUAAAUGAUGUCUGAGUGAAGGAGUCCCCGUGGCUUUCCGUAAAUGUAAAAGACAAGAAAAUCGUGCCGUCUGGGUUUCUUAAUAUAAUUUGAAAGGAUUUAUUCUUUUAAUUUUGAUACUUAAGUAUAUUUUAAAGCAAAUACUUUUUGACCUUUACUCAAGUAGUAUUUUACUGGGUGACUAUUACUUUUUCCUGGAUUUACCAGUUUGUGGGUAAAUACUUUAAAUAUUCAUACAUUAUUUUGUUUCUUUUAAUAAAUGAUUGGAAUGAACUUGUUUUAUUCAUGUGUUUUAAGCUUUAUGCUAAUCAUACUUUGAUGCUUUUUGUUGAUCAGUCAAUUUGUGACAUUUAUAGUUUCGUUUCGAACAGAUUACUGUGAAUGUGUUCUACAAUUGUUUGUUGAUGACAGCUUUGCACACUCUUGGCAUUCUCUCAACCAGCUUCACCUGGAAUGAUUUUCCAACAGUCUUGAAGAAGUUCCCACAUAUGCUGAGCACUUGUUGGCUGCUUUUCCUUCACUCUGCGGUCCAACUCAUCCCAAACCAAUUGAAUUCAGGUGAUUGUGGAGGCUAGGUCAUCUGAUGCAGCACGCCAUCACUUUCCUUCUUUUUCAAAUAGUCCUUACACAGCCUGGAGGUGGAUUGGGUCAUUGUCCUGUUGAAAUACAAAUGAUAGUCCCAAUAAGCGCGAACCAAAUGGGAUGGCGUAUCGCUGUAGAAUGCUGUGGUAGCUAUGCUGGUUAAGUGUGCCUUGAAUUCUAAGUAAAUCACAGACAGUGUCACCAGCAAAGCACCCCCACACCUUCACACCACCACCUCCAUGCUUCAUGGUGGGAACCACACAUGCCGAGAUCACCGUUUACCUGCUCUGCGUUUCAUAAAGACACGACGGUUGGAACCAAAUAAUCUCAGAUUUGGACUCAUCAGCCCUAUGGACAGAUUUCCACCGGUCUAAUAGCCAUUGCUCGUGUUUCUUGGACCAAGCAAGUCUCUUCUUAUUGGUGUCCUUUAGUAGUGGUUUCUUUGUAGCAAUUUGACCAUCAUGGCCUGAUUCAUGCAGUCUCCUCUGAACAGUUGAUGUUAAAAUGUGUCUGUUACUUAAACUCUGUGAAGCAUUUAUUUGGGCUGCAAUCUGAGGUGCAGUUAACUCUAAUGAACGCGACUGAACUUAUCCUCAGCAGCAGAGGUAACUCUGGGUCUUCCGUUCCUGUGGCAGUUUCAUCAUAGAGCUUGAUGGUUUUUGAGACUGCACUUGAAAAUGUUUUUAAAGUUCUUGAAAUGUUCUGCAUUGACUGAACUUCAUGUCUUCAAGUAAUGAUAGACUGUAAUUUCUCUUUGCUUAUUUGAGCUGUUCUUGCCAUAAUAUUGGCUUGGUCUUUUACCAAAUAGGGUUAUCUUCUGUAUACCACCCCUACCUUGUCGCAACACAACUAAUUGGCUCAAACUUAUUAAGAAGAAUAGAAAUUCCACAAAUUAACUUUUUACAAGGCACACCUGUUAAUUGAAAGUAAUUCCAGGUGACUACCUCAUGAAGCUGGUUGAGAGAAUGCAAAUACUUUUGAAGAAUCUCAAAUAUAUUUUGUUUAACACUUUUUUGGUUACAACAUCAUUCCAUGUGUUAUUUUAUAGUUUUGAUGUCUUCACUAUUAUUUUAAAAUGUAUAAAAUAGUAAAAAUAAAGAAAAACCCUUUGAAUGAGUAGGUGUGUCCAAACUUUGGAGUGGUACUGUCUGUAUAUAUAUAUAUAUAGUGGACUCACCUGGACUCAAUCACCUGUUUUAUUACGUCCCCUAUAUCUGUCUGUUUCUCAGUUCUCUUCCCUGUGUCACCGUUAUUGUCGUUUGUGUUUCCCUUGUCCAGACGCUGUUCUUGUUUUGUCUGACGUAUGUGUUCUGUUUCUGUCCGUUGGUUAUUAAAUGUUCACACCCUUACUUGC